AUGAAGUUUUUACUUCUGCUUGUUUUGCUUCAUGUUGUCUUUUCCGUUCCUCCUUUCCAUGGAACAAAAAUCGGAGAAAAAACCAUCAUCCAAAUCGCCGAAGAAAAAGUCAAAGCGUUCACAAGAACGAAAGGAUUUGGAAGUCUUCAAACCUACAAUAUUGAAGGUCCAAACAAAAACAAAUGGAUCGAUGAGGUAAAUUAAUAUGACUCAACCAAGUUCUGAAAAUAUUGCAUUUCAGAAAGGAAAAACUGUUGGAGAUCCAAAGAACUACGAAUUCAAAGCGCCUGGCAGUUUGCUGAUCAAAAAAGUUUCGGCGCUCGAUGAGGCUCAUUAUGAUUAUAUUCCACUUGUCCCACCGAAACCAGUGGUUUUGCCACCAGGUCUUCAUAUUGAUCCAGGAGUCACAGGAGUUACUCUAAACUUUUUCCCAACAAGCAAAUAA